AUGGAAGAGACGAUCAAUGAUAACAUUGUUGAUGGUGAUGCAUACUCAUGCUGUGCCAGUUGCGAAAAUCAGGACUCUGUAGUUUCUGGAAGCAAAUCCGAUUCCUUUGCAACCGAAGAGUAUCAGUCCCGACUUGAUGCCUUUGUCGAAGCCCCCCUCCAGUGUGACCCAUUCUCAGCCCGACCUGUCAGCGAUGCGCGUCUUGGACCAUCCUCUCUCUUCCUACAUAACUUUGAUUUGUGGCUAUAUCGUUUCUUCCCAUACUUGAAUCGCCCACGUCGACACGUACUCGCAUUCUGGAACGAAGGGCACAACGUGGCUGGACCCUUUAGGGGAACACCACAGAGCUGGCUGGUUGGAACAUAUACCGAAGAUAUCCAAUUUGAAUUGAUUGGUAUCGGCACUCAGUUCGGCGAUUAUUGA